AUGCCAUCAGACAACUACAACUUUGCCGACGUCUUCCAAGCUCUUUUCGUCUCCAAGCAGAAGCCUGCUCCUGAACCUAUCGCCGACAACAUGAAAGCCAUCAUCCAGAGUUACCCUCCCUUGGGUCAGUUCACCCAGGUCUCGAACGGACAACUGGCUUUCACGGCUGUUCUCGAGAUACCGGCUUCGCGUGCAGACGAACCAUGGCAGGUCGCAUUGUGGCAUUCGACCGAUGAUGGCGAGUGGGCAGAGACGGCCCUUUCCCGCAUCUCGGAUGAAAAAGGUCCGACAACUCUGCAGACGAUCCCAGACCACAUCCGACGAAUCUUCUUUUCUACAUCUGUUUUGUUCAACAAGUCAUUACAGUUCACUUUGAAAUUUCGACAUGCCGAAAGCGACCCGUGGCGAUGGACCCGUGAUGAGCUCGGAGUCGGUGACGGCAGCGUUAUUGUCAGCACGAGACCAGUCCUCCAAAGCGUCUCCGAACGACUGGAAGAUCUUGUGACCAACCUGAACCCCGCUUGGGGCGUAAAAUCACUUACGAGCCAAUGUCCCGGUACUCGGCUGUGGUCUUUAGAAACGGACGUUGACGGUGUUGACAGCGAUGAGUCCAAGAUUUCAGAUAUCUCUUUGGGCGUGCCUUGGGGAGGCUUCCAGAGAUGGUUCGCUCUUGUCCGCAUAUGGUCACCCUGGCUGGCUCCUCGCCAUGGCAAAACCUCAUUCCAUCUUGACAAAGAUGCUGUACUCUGCUCAUUCUUGAGCCCCGAGGGCAAGCACCUGGUGUUCCUUGCUAUCAGCGGCGUGAACAACGUGCUCUCCGUGUUUCGUCACGACGAGUCUGGACAGAUAUCUGUUAAUGCCCGCAACGAUGGCACGUCGUCCGAGAAGGCAAGAGUUCUCGUCGCCACCGGGGACAACUUCGAGAGCGCGAACGCUGCGGUCAUGUACCAGGCCAGAAACUACGUGAUCACUGAGAAGAAGGCUAGCGACGAGUUGCAAGCGGAGAUGAAAGCUUUAGAAGAAGGCGUCAAACCCGAGUGGAUGGAGAACUGGUAUGAUGGACUUGGUUUCUGCACCUGGAAUGCCCUCGGGCAACGUCUUACCGACGAGAAGGUUUUCGAUGCCGUGGACAAACUGGCCGAGAACAAUAUCAAAGUGACCAGCCUCAUCAUCGACGACAACUGGCAGACCAUCGACUACAGAGGUCAUGGCCAGUUCCAGCACGGUUGGUGUGAGUUUGAAGCGGAACCUAAGGCUUUCCCGAAGGGCCUAAAGGCGACGGUCGCACACAUUCGGGAGAGACAUCCACACAUCCAGCACAUCGCAGUUUGGCAUGCUUUGCUAGGCUACUGGGCGGGCGUCUCGCCUGAUGGGAAGAUUGCCAAAGAGUACAAGACAGUCGAGGUCGUCCGUGAAGAUGCCGAGCGACGCAACUUGCCCCUCGGAGGCAAGAUGACUGUCGUAGCCAAAGAGGACGUCGGCAAGUUCUACGACGAUUUCUACCAGUUCCUCGUCGACUGCGGCAUCGACGGUGUCAAAACCGACGCCCAGUUCAUGACAGACACAUGGGUCUCGGCCAGCGCCCGUCGCGAGCUCAUCGACGCCUACCUCGACGCCUGGACCAUCUCCUCCCUCCGCCACUUCAGCAUCAAGGCCAUCUCCUGCAUGUCGCAGACGCCCCAGAUCCUGUUCUACAACCAGCUCCCCCGCAACAAGCCCGCCAUCCUCUGCCGCAACUCGGACGACUUCUUCCCCGAGAUCCCGGCCUCCCACCCGUGGCACGUCUGGACCAACGCCCACAACAGCCUCCUCACCCAGCACCUCAACAUCCUGCCCGACUGGGACAUGUUCCAGACCGUCCACGACUACUCCGGCUUCCACGCCGCCGCGCGCUGCGUGAGCGGCGGACCGAUCUACAUCACCGACGUCCCGGGCCAGCACAACCUGGAUCUGAUCAACCAGAUGACGGGCCUGACGAUCCGCGGCAAGACCAUCAUCUUCCGCCCUAGCGUCAUCGGAAAGACCAUCGACGCGUACACGGGAUACGACGACGACGGCCUGUUGAAGAUCGGCUGCUACCACGGCGCCGCCGUCACCGGCACCCCCAUCCUCGGCGUCUUCAACAUCUCGGCCCGGCCCCUGACGGAGAUCAUCCCCCUCACCUCCUUCGCGGGCGUGUUGCGGUCCAUGCGCUACGUCGUUCGUGCCCAUUCCUCCGGGCGGGUCAGCCCACUCAUCACGCCGGGAUCGCCGGCCUCGUCCCUGACGACUUCGUUGGAUGUCCGGGGGUACGAGAUCUUCACCGCCUACCCCUUGUCCAGCUUCGACAGCGAGAGCAAGGGUAAAGUAUGGACCGCAAACCUGGGACUGGUAGGUAAGAUGACGGGAGCGGCGGCCAUUGUCAAGAGUGAUUUCUUCCUGCGGCACGACGGCAAGAUUGAGCUCAAGACCAGUCUCAAAGCGCUCGGCGUUCUUGGCAUCUACAUCUCGGUGCUGCCAGAGCUGACGAUAGAGGACGACUUCCUGGUCACCAUCCAGAACCAAGUCAUUCCGGUCCAGACAGUUGUUGUCUGCGGGACUGACGAUAAGGUCCUGGAGAUCAACAUCGAGAAGGCGUGGGAGGAGAUGAGUCUGCACCCAGGCUGGGCCAACGAGGUUGAGGUGACGGUCACCUUUGCCAUUGACCACGAGCACACCGAAUACUAG